CACUCAGAGCGGAGCACACUGAAAUGAACAGCUCUGUGUCUCUCACGUCCAGAAAUGUGCGCAGGGUGAAGCUCGAGUCUCAUCGCUGUCUGUCUGUCUCUGCGUGUGUCCUCUCCAGACUACAUCACUCUCCUGUCUUUAAUGUAGCACCGGAAGCUGCAGACGAAGGAUAAAACGCGCACUAAACAAAAUCCAACCACUUUCUGUUCAGCCAGCCGCUGAAUGCAGAUCUCUGGAUUUCUCUGGCGAGGCCGACCUGACUAAUCAUCCAAGGUGUCAAGCCGGUACCUGUUCGAUGUCCUCUUCCCUCACAGUGUGAUGCGUCAUGGCUCCGGUGCUGAGUGGAGUGUGGUGGGGGCCGGAGGCGGGUGUCGUCGGGUCGGGCGCGGCAGCUGCUACGGGGGUGGCCUCGUGGCUGGGAAGUGGGCAGCUGGUCCUGGUCGUCACCCUCAGCACCCUCGCCGUCCUGCUGCUGGUCUCUGUGCUGCUGCUGCUCUGUGCUAGCUGCCAGGGGCAGAAGAAGGCGGUAAAUGGACAUCCAACAGGAGACCACGAGAACCUUGUGAAUGGAGUGUCAGAGAGAGAGACGGUCAGCCAAUCAGCAGACAGUCCAGCGACAGAUGCGGCCAUCAGUAGCUCUCAUAAUGGUCCUCUAACCAGCGGUACAAUCCUCACAGACACACAGGACACCAGUCCCCAGCCGUCAGAGGAGCUGCUCUCCAGCCAAUCAGAGCUCAGGUCCUCUAAGUGUCCUCAGGACCGCGAGCUUCCCAGUAUUCCUCCCAACAACGCCCUUAUCAGGGACGGACCCCCAGCCUCGGGGGACAGCACCUAUGAGGUGGUGAAGGAGAUCGCGGUGGCAUCACGAGACGUCAGCGUGGAAGACUCCCUGUACGAGACGGUCAAGGAACUCAAAGAGCCCCCCGCACAGCUUGGCCUCCCCAACGGUACCGUCCAGCUAAACCCAGACGAACCUCCACAUCACCCUCCAGCACUUCUCAACGGCCACCUCAGCCCCUGCACACCCGAGCGGGGGCCCCUGUGCGCAGGGGUGGAGUACGCCUCUGUCGACCUGAACAAGAAGAGCCGCCACAGCGCCGACUUGGAGGCCAAGAGGCGCUCCGACAACGCCAGCGUUCCCUCCCACAAGUCUUUGGAGGAACCGGAGGAGGACUUACCUCCGCCGGUACCAGAGAAGGUUCUGGAUGAAAAUGACAACCAGCCAGUGGUGAUGAACGGGCUGGCCGGGGCUGGACUGCACAAUGGAGAGGUGAGAAUGUUACACUCCCCUCUGUCUCCUGCGCUGGGCUUCGACAACCAUAUUCUGUCAGACAAUGAGUCAGCGGUGUACUCUACAGUCAACAAAACAAACUGUGACGAUGCUGUGAACGAGGAAGACAAAGAGCACGACUACAGCAGCAUCGCAGAGAUCAAAGGACUCGUCACUGCCUCUUCCUCCAGCGACCUCUACGCCACCGUCCGAGACAUCUACGCCCAGCCCAACGAGCCCGAGCUGGGGGAAGACCCCAUGUUGGACAGCACGGAUCCCGGCUACGAAACCAUCCGCAUCCCAAAGACUAGUAGCUCAGAUGACGAGCACAGGGCCGGGCUGGGAGCGGAGGGGUCAGAUGCCGCCAAGGCAGAGCCUGACUACGAGAGCGUCGGAGAGUUGGGUCUGGGCCGGGAAACGUCUCGCCUCUGAGUUUACCCCCUUUCAUCAUCUUCAUCUGUGGCGGGGUGUUUCCUGUCUGACAUCAUCCAGACGUCACUGUUGUGCUUUGAACCUGCUGCCAAGCAUGCUUUUGGUGCAUGACUUGGGUGGGGUGGGGGGGAUGGCACACCACAGCAUCCAUCAUCAACGCAUGAGUGUGCUCUUUACAGCUUGGGUACGGUUUAUCAUAUCUGGACUUUUAAUUUAUCAACCAUGGUGAAUGUCAUUGGUACUGGUAGGUCUAGAAGAGAAUGAAGUGUAGUACCUCAGUCAUCGGGCAUUAAUCAUGUGGAUGAGUGCACUUUGGAUUAUCAUCAAAUUCCUCUUUUGUCUGUUUGACAGUGCAUAUCAUGGACACAUUUAAAGGAAUACUACACCCUUAAAAUGACCUGUAUGGAUAUCAGUUACUCACCCCAUGUUACCUUGACGUCUUAAAGAAAACUUUGCUUUUAUCACCUCCACAAUGAAAUUUGGAAACGGAGUAAAUCCUUAAUGAAUGGAAGUAAAUCAGGGCCUCAUACACAGCAAGUGCUUUGUGGUCUCUGAAGACACAAAGAUGUGACACAGAGUGGUCAUAAUUGAUAAUUUAGGGGGAUUACUUUUGCAUUAGUCUUUAAAUUGUGCAUAUUAUACCUUUAAAUAGUAGGAUCUUUAGCGAAAAUGCAUGUGUUUGGGAAGUACUGAGCAUACGACUGGAUAAUUGAGACUGAGAAAAUGACAGUUGAAAACAGAUGCUUUGUUAUAGUUUUGCUUUUCUUAAAUGUGGCCCCUGUUUACUUCAGCUUAUCAAGGAUUUUCUCCAUUUUUGGAUACUCCAUACACGAUAAAGAUAAGAAGUUUUCGUCAAGAAUUCAAGGUAACAGGGUGUGCAUAAUUGAUAUACAUCUGGUCAUUUUAAAGCUGAAGUAUUCCAUUGACAGCGCUUGAUUGUGGAAAAAGAAUAAAUAAAUAAAAUGUUGAAUAAAUAUCCAAUCACAACACAAUUUCAAGGAGCAUUUCAAGGGGAAGCCGAGGACACGAUCAGUGCCUGUGAUAUUAAAAACAUAUUCAGUGCCAUAUACUAUGAUCAUGAAAUUCAUGCACUUACUGUACAUAUGAAGGUAACAUUAUUUGUAUGCCCCUUCUGCAGCUGCUAGUGACUUUCUAGCUUCUUGGAGGUGACUCGGUGUCAUGUUUUAUUGAGGUGUGUGAAGGUGUAUUUCUAGCUAUUCUCUGUCAGGUUUGGCAGCACCUCCACUCUGCAUUCUCUGCUUGAAAUACCUGUGAAUAUAUUCUCGGCAUGAAAAGCAGAAGCCUGUGACCAAAUCGUUGAAACAAUUCGAUAGAUCACCAAAUAGAAAUAAUGACUUUUUGACUGCUACAUACUUUUUUUUUUCUUUUUGAGACUAUUCACUGCAACCAUGAGACCCAGGAAGGAGAUUGAGGUCUCGUGGUACAUUUUGAAAGCAUUUUUACACAGUUUACUGUCCGUGUCAAGAUUUUUUUCAUAUUUAUUUGAAGAUGCAUAUUAUUGUGUAAUUGUGAAAUGUUACAGAAUAUGUCUGUCAGAGAAAAGUAAAUAGGGUUUUCUAGAAGUUUCUAGCAUUUUUAUUAAGAUACUUAAUGAAAGUGUGUUAGUGUGAGGUAAUGGCAGUUGUAAAGGUACGCUUUCCCCUGACUUUUUCAUUGUUUAAAAAAAUACAUAUUUUCUUUUUUGUCAUUUUGCACAGGGGUGAAAACAAAUUCAAAAGAGAUGUUAUGUGAAAAAAUUGACCAACAACUUGCAUUAUUAAUACAAAUCUAUUGAUGGGCUGUAUUUUUUUUGGUUGUCAUGUUCUUAUGAGGCUACUUUUGGUACCGUAUUCAGUCUUCAGUUGGCAACCUCAAUGAUUUCAAAGCACAAGGUUUAAUAUCAUGGUACUGCAUUUAUAUACCGCUUAUCAAAAGCAUCAUUACAAUCCAGCUACGUCUCUGCACAAUUUGAAUAUCUAAUGCUUUUUAUCUUAUUAGUAGCACUCUUGAGAAAACCAUAUCUGUCUGUUUGUAGCUUGUACUGACGACAUGCCAACCGAGGCUUGUAUAUACUUAGAGCACUAUUUUAACCAACUGUUACUCGCUGGACGUUUUGUGUAAGCUUUUACUUAUCUGUACAACGGAGUGUUAUCAUUUUAAAGUAAGUCUGUUAAGAGCACUGAUGUAUGUCUGCCUUGUUUUGAGGAAAACUGAACACACGUUCAGUGGCUUUUUUAUGUUAUUGUAACUCAAAGCUGUCAAAUAGCUUUUGAGUUCUGAGAAGAAGUAACCAAUCAAAUGUCAUAAAUAUGGUACAAUGUUUUGGUACAAGCAUUUUAAGAACUGCGAGUGUGGUACUUUUAUUUAAAAAACUGAAUUAAUGUGUCAAUGCUUGUGUUGUUGAUGUUUGUUUUCACAUUUAACAGGGCCAAUGUUUUUUGCUGUAAAUAUAUAUUUUACUGCUACAGUAUCUACUGUCUUUUGCAGAAAAAUUGGUGUCAUCUGUUUCCACCCACAUCAAAAAAAUAUUACAGCAUCUGCAGCCUUACUUCAUGUUUCAUUAGACAUGCAGGAGAUUGUUG